AUGACUGUGGCCGUCUCACAUUGGACGAGGAGCCCCGCCGAGAGUAUCAGUCUCAGCUCGCACCCGACAGACUACGGCGACAUGGCCUACUCGGAGGUACAGUUCUCGAUGGACGAGGACAAAGACGGUAGCGGGGGACAGUCUCACCUGGCAUGGGGGGGAGAAGUGACAGAGAGGCCUGGCGGCGGAGGGGGGCCGGGAUCGGGUGCUGUCCACCACCACGACACGCUCCUCUUCGAGGAAUUUGUCGACCUCGAAAGGCUUUCGACGGCCGGGGGUGACGAGAUGCCACCACCCGCCUUGACCGACUCGUUCUUCUUCAACAUGCCACUCCCCGCACACGGGUCCACGUCUACGACAAGCGCAUCGGACGAUCUGGACGACCUGCUAAGUUGCCACUCGCAGCCGGUCGUGGAAGCUAGGACUAGCGCCGCAGCAGGUCCCGCUGCCACAGUAGUGCCAUCAUCAGCAGCCGCUAGAGUAGCGGCGGCGGUGACCGCAGACGCCUUGGUACUAUCUGCUGUGGGCGUCCCGGGGCUCCAGUCUUCGUGGUCGAUCGACCGCGACGACGGACAAAGAAAAGCUUCGACCUAUCCGGACACAGCUCACGCAGGAGGGUCUGAGUCGAUCUCUGACUCUGAGCUCCUGCGCCUGGAAGGCAUAUCGUUGAAAGCGUCGCCAUCUCGCGCACCACCUGUCGUCGUUUCUCAUCCUCCUACUCCUCUUCCUCAAGCUUCGUCCGCUACCAGCAGCAACAUCAAACUCCACCUCGCCGUCAGCAGCGGUAGUCAGAGUAACACCGUUGGAAGCAGCAGCAACAGCAACAGCAACAGCAACAGCAACAGCACCAACGGUGGUCGUAAGCCCAGCAACUUCUUCAAAGUUGUCGCAUCCAAACUGCAGCAGAAAGCUGCGUCUGUCCGCCAUAAACAGCCGCCCAACAUGUCUUCCCUCGCCGUCGAAACCAGGGGACCCCUUUCGCCCAGCGUCUCGCCUCGCAAAUCUUUCAAGCUCCGCCCCGAGCAGCUCGGCCUCGCCGGCCCUCCGUCCGCAAGACUUCCCCUCUCCCCUCCCAACAGUGCCACCAUCCCUCAGGACCUGCCUUCCGGAUCGUCGGCCGGGAGCAACGGUAUGCCCUUUUGCGGUGGUUACGUGGAUGACCCUUUCUUCGAUGCUGGCGUUGCCGGAGCUCACGUACCAAUGUUCCGCCGCGGCGACCCCACCACGCCCAUGGACACUCCUGUCCUUGACGACAAGGGCGGCAUGUUCUACCAGCAGCAGCAGAUGAGCUCCGGCAAUGUUGCCAACACCAGCAAGGCCACAUGGCCAAUGGCCACAACGACUCCUCAGACCGACUCUCACGUCGCUUGGUCCAACGCCUAUGCCUCGGACGGCCUCGACAACCAAUGGUGGGAUGGAAGCCACAUGGAUUUGUCGUCCAACUCGCCAUAUCAGGCCCAGAACGCCCGUAACGCUACCUUCAACCUCGCCAUGCACACACAACACAGCGAGCUGCCGUAUGAGUACAACACCCUCGCCGCCGCCGGUUCCGAGAUGUCUGGACUCAUGAUUCACAUGCCUCAGCCCCGUGCCACGUCGUCGCCGGUCGUCCACUACCAGCCCCCCCAACAGCAUCAUCAUCAUCAUCAACAACAACAACAACAGCAGCAGCAACAACAACAACAACAACAACAACAACAACAACAACAAUCACAGCAACAGCAGCUCCACCACCAGCAACAUCCGCAACAGAUGACCGAGCGCCGGCCUCGCAUGCCCCGUGCCCCUUCAGCAGGCACUCGUCACAUGUGCAUGUCGACGCCGAUGCGCAAGACUCGCAACACGAGCCGCACACGUCAACCCAGCCGCGAAUCCUCGACGUCGCCUACUCCCACGAACCGCUCCCGUCACAGCAGCGGCGGGUCGCUUUCCAGCAUCGGAGGCGGCGCGGCCCUGAGCGCAAGCGUUAAGAAGCGGCGGUCAUGGUCGAGACGCGAGAGCUUGCGCACACCGUCCAUCGGAAGCGGCCUCGGCGGCGCGCCCGAAGGCGUCGGAUUCGUCAACUUCACUCCCAGCGACAAGAACAUCCUCAUGACAGGCGUGGCGCCGAGCGGGAGCUCCAAGACCAAGGCCCGCCGCGAGAAGGAGGCCAUGGAGAAGCGCCGACGGCUAAGCGAAGCGGCCAUCAAAGCCGUCAAGGCCGCGGGAGGGGACGUCGACAAGCUGGUCGAAGAAGGGUUCGUCUUCUAG